UCCCGCCGCACCACGCGUAACUAAUCAACAACUACACUAACAUAUCUACUCGAAUACCACCAACACACCCCGCGCGCAGCACCACCAUCUCAAUCUACGCGUCCGCGACCAAGUAUGCGCCAGACGCGCUCUGCACUGCGCGCCGAAGCCAUCCACGUCGACGACAGCAGCGCAGCUGCCGUGCCACUGCCCUUCACGCCUUUCAAGGAGCGUGCGCCACUGGGAGAGAUUGCGGGGAAUACUGCCGUUAUUGAGGUAGAGAAGGGGGAGGAGAUGGCGCAAGGGAAGAAAGCGAAGGCCGCCAAGGGCGGACGGAAGGGGAAGAAGGGCAAGAAGGCUGAAGAGGAGAUCGAGGUGGAGCAGCAGCAGGCUGUGGUGCUGGAGGAUGAGAGACAGGCGGCUGGUAGUCCGGCGAGUGAUGGCGCUGUGGAGGAGCUCGCGAAGGAGGGCAAUGGAGAUGUUGUUCAAGUGCCUAUGCUCGAGGAGCGCCCAGUUUCUCCACCGCGCGCGGUACGCAUGACGAGGCGGCAGUUGGCGAAGGCGGAGGAGGAAUUGUCCAAGUUACAGCACCAGACGCCGCCAAUAGAAGAGCCUGUUGAAGAGAAGGUCGAGCAGGAACUCGAGGAGACAUCAGCUCCGGGAAUAGAGAAUGUUGAGCUUGAAGCAGAGCUUGUGGAGCCCGAAGCACAGGUUGUGGAGCCUGAGGAAGCUGCUCCAAUCCAGCAAGAGGUUUCACAAUCAAGCCCAGCCCAAGAAGAAGCACCAGAGCCUACAGUGGAGGUCGUCGGAUCACCCGCGCCUGAGGUAAUAAUCACGCCAGACCUUUCAGAGCUAAAAGUCCUCAUGUCUGAGAAGCCAUCCGAGGAGGAAGUGCCUAGCAUACGCAGCUCGUCAAGGUCGCCUGGCAGGUCACCGAUCCGCCUAGAGGAUUCGAUCGAGGCUCUUGACGCGCUCGACGAUGCCAUUGAGCAAGUUGCCAAAGCGUUCCCCCACUUGGAUGCGUUGGAAUCGGGCGAGAAGUCCCCUACGAAGAAGCCAACGACGAGGGCUACCCCCAAGGCGCGGACAGCAACAGCCAAGCCACUGACCACCAAAGCACCCGUCACAAACAGAGUAUCACGAAAUCCAACGGUUCCCAAAUCGCUCAAGGAAGGCCCAACGACUUCUACAGCCACCAAGACACGACCACUCUCAACGGCGAGACCGUCCCUCGCCCGUUCUGCUAGCGUACGAAAUGCCUCGAAAGCCAAUGAACCGAAGCCAAAGGCUGCUUCUGGCGAAGUCACGGGCUAUCUAGCAUCCAAGCGUCGUCCCAUCAGCGUCUCCUUCCCAACCCCUCCGCCGCCACCAAAGUCGACAAAACCACCAACUAAGUCAACCUUCCAGCUCCCCGGGGAAGCCGUAGCCGCUAGGCUCAAGGCCCAACGCGAGGAACGCCAGAAGAGGGAAGAAGAAGAGGCUGCCAAGAAACCCACCUUCAAAGCUCGUCCCGCCCCUGUCCGCAAAGCCCCAGCAUUAGUCAAGCAGACAGCAGCCAGCAAAGCGCGGGAAAGCCUGAUGCAAGGCGGUAGCACCGAAGAGAAGGAGAACGACCCCACAAACGCCAUCUCACUGAAACGCACAAGCUCCACCACCACCGCGACAAGCGCGAAGCGUCAGAGCACCCUCAUAACCAACACCAAAAGCCAGUCGAGCCUGCUCAGCGGUACCCAUACACCCACAAACCCAGCCGAGAAGCGUGAGCGUCCUGCGUUCAACCUCUCCACAGCGAACACUGCCGUAAAGCGCGUCAGUAGCAUCGGGGGCCCGACUAUCCCCCCCCUCCACAAGCCCGCCAUGACGCCUGCGGAUGUCGCGACGCAGCGUCUCAAGGGCCGCGAAGUCUUCAACCGCGACAAGAUGGAGAACCAGGAGCGGGAGCGAAUCAGGCGCGAGAAGGAAGACGCGGCCAAGCGGGCGCGCGCAGAGGCGGCGGAGCGCGGCAGAAUCGCAUCGCGAGAGUGGGCCGAGAAGCAGAAGAUGCGGAAGGCUGGCUUGCCGGCCGCGAACGGAGGCAUCAAGACUGCUGCGGCGGGAGCAGGCAUGGAACAGACGGCUACCUCGUGAGGGAAAGGCGCUGGGCUGGAUUGCAGGUAUGAGGUGUCUCUGAGAUGAGAUAUCUCUCCUCCCCCAAGCCGAGGUUUUCCUUCUAUGGUACCUGUUGGUCCUCUUCUUCCUUUUGUCUGAUACUUUCUCUCUCUCUCUCAUCGGCCUAUGGCCUAUCUUGCAUCCAAAUCGGCGUCCACGGCGCAGACAUGGUCCGGGGGGGACAUUACCUUGGAAACCACCAAAUUCUGCGUUGGGCGCGUUGGAUGUCCUCGGCGUCGACGACGCACACGCUCGCUUUGAGCUAUGUCCAGAUUUCCUAAAAGAGCAAGGGCUGCUGCUCUACUACUGUGUUGGUUAUUGAUUUGGUGUGUGAAGCCCGAGUAUCAGGGUUAUUGCUUGAGAAUUGAGGCUUUGAAACACUUGGGGGAGUUGUCUGUUGUGGGCAGUUGAGUAACUAUAGGUAGCGAAUACAGUGAUAUUCAGC